AUGAGUACAACGAAUGUUUCAGAAAAAGCUCUGCCACUGGGUGCCCCAAUCCAGCAACGUCCGAAACACUUUUGGCAUUUCUUCAGGCGACCUCAGCAAGACUUAGACAGUAUUGCCACACAACCUUCUGUAUUUGAUGACCCCACAACUCUAGAAGCAUACCGUCCUCCAGUCCAGUAUGAAAAUGCUCACAGAUUCGAUCCUGACGCUCGCUGGACUUGGAGGGAGGAGGCGCAUCUUGUCCGCAAGAUUGACGUGCGCAUCAUGAUCUGGGCGAGCAUCAUGUUCUUCGCUUUAGAUCUAGACAGGACGAACAUAUCCCAGGCCAACACCGACAAUUUCCUGCAGGAUCUUAAUAUGACAACAAACGACUUCAAUCUUGGUAACACUCUGUUUCGACUUUCGUUUCUCAUUGCAGAGCUUCCAUCCCAAUUGAUUUCGAAGAGAGUUGGGCCUGACGUAUGGGUCCCCACUCAGAUGGUGGUUUGGAGUAUUGUUGCCACAUGCCAGUUCUGGCUUUCCGGUCGCACGUCUUUCCUUGCUACAAGAUUCCUACUAGGAUUUCUGCAAGGUGGCUUUAUCCCAGAUGUGAUUUUAUACCUCUCAUACUUCUUCACGAAAUCCGAGCUGACGAUUCGGCUUGCAUACUUUUGGGUUUCCAACUACGUCACCAUGAUUGUCAGCGCCUUUAUUGCGACGGGCAUCCUUUCGCUGCGUAACUCAGAACGAGCUGGAUGGCGUUACCUGUUUCUUAUCGAGGGCUUGCUUACACUUGCUGUAGGGAUAUCUUCAUUCUUUCUGAUGCCUCCAGGACCUACUCAAACCAAAGCAUGGUUCCGACCGAAGGGGUGGUUCACUGAGCGGGAAGAGAUAAUCAUGGUCAACAGAGUACUACGAGAUGAUCCAUCGAAGUCGGACAUGCAUAACCGCGAAGGGUUGACGCCUCGUAUGAUCUUCAUUGCGUUAUGUGACUGGAGAAUGUGGCCUCUGUAUGUACUCGGCCUUCUUCAUAUGAUACCUGUUGGUCCACCACAAACUUAUCUGACCUUGUCUCUUCGUAACCUUGGUUUUGGAACCACUGAAUCGAACCUACUGAGCAUUCCGUCAACUGUUUGCGGCUUAGUUAUGCUAUUGUUCACUGCAUACCUCAGUGAAAUCAUCGACAGCAGAGUGGCAGGGACGAUAAUCCUCCAAUUCUGGGCCCUUCCCCUCCUUAUAGCACUUUACACGUUCACUACAUCAACUUCGCAAUGGGUAUACUUUGCUGUUGUCACAUUGAUUACUGGAUUCCCCUAUGUUCAUCCCAUCCAAGUGGCUUGGGCAUCAAGAAAUUCUUUCAGUGUUCGAACUCGAACGAUUUCAGCUUCAAUAUACAAUAUGUUUGUACAAGCUGGAGCUAUCGUAUAUGCAAAUAUUUAUCGAACCAGUGAUCAGCCACUUUACAAGAACGGCAACCGUGCCCUGAUUGGAAUUUGCUCGAUGAACAUUGUUCUGUACAUAUUCACAUUCCUUUUUUAUCGAGGCAUAAAUAAACAUAGAGAUAAAAAAUGGAACGAAAUGUCACCUAAGGAACGAGAAGUGUAUAUCGAGACGACGAAGGAUGAGGGAAAUCAAAGGCUAGAUUUCAGAUUUGCUUAUUGAAUCCUCACAUGUCUCCUUGCUGUAAGUUACCUAGUUGAUCAUCCUACCCAGGCGGGG